AUGCCCAGCACACCACAAGUCUCGUACGACAUCACACACACCCUCUGGAAACAUUGCUACGAGGUGUCCACCCCCAGCCGUAACCAGCCCUUAUUCUAUGUGGAGAACUCCCACUGGACCCCUGGCAAACCAACACUAUCCUUCCACGAGUGCCACGAGAAUGGUCCGAUCAAAGCCGUAGCACGACUCGCCAAAAUGUCGCACUCGAUUGAUUGCGGCAUCGGCGAUCCUUCGGACCCCGCAGCUAGAAUCGCCUACGAGACCAUGACCAACAUCGGCUUCAUGAAAGUCCGCUACAUGUUCAAAGUGGACCGCGGGCGUGGGCCCGAAACAUUCCUUUGGAAGAAGACCCGUUCCCAUGGGACGGGCUUCUCAAAUAACUACAAGAUGGUCGAUGAUGCCAGCCAGAAAGUUAUCGCGGUGUUCUCGUCGGCCACAAAUCCUUUUUCGCCAUCUAAAGCGGGCCGGCUCGACAUUUAUGGCAAUUAUGGCGAGCGAUUUAACCUUAUGACCCUCGUCACGGGGAUUGCAUUACAUGAAAAGCAGCGUCGCGUCCGCGCUGCCGCCGCUGCAGCGGGCGGUGGUGGUGGUGGAGGCGGUGCUUGA